AUGAUUUUCUAUAAAUUUGCCGUCGUCGUCUUUUUUGGCGUGCUAAGCCUCACAUCUACAGUGAAUCUCGGCAAAGUUCAGGCUCAGGAGUGCAAAGCAAACGACAAGAUAUUUGGAUUUCUUGUGGACAAAUUGCCCACUGCAUUCGGCCUCAAUACUUGCGUUGCGAAUAAUUUGGGAACAAUCGCAAAGGCAGUGGCCAGUACUCUUUUUAGCAGUUGCAGCGUGUUAGAUAUCUACGAUUUGGUCAAGAACAACGAUCUCAAAGGACUUUUCAAUCUUUUCAAUUCCAUCGCAGCCAAACCGGAUGAGAUUUCUCCGCUUAUUUACAAGUAUAUGGCAAAUCAAAAUGACGAUAGAGUAGACAACCUGUGUGACGCUUUCAGUGGAGCGCUUGGACCUUGUGGUGAAAAAGUGUUACCAAGACUUAUUCCAGAGCUUAUCAAGGAUAGCGCUUGUUGUGCUCAAAUUAGUGACGUCCUUGAGCUCUUCAACAUAAUUGUUCCGGCCGACAAGAACAUUGAUUAUUUUAUCGUGAAUGAGCUCAUUAAUGGCUUUAAUAGCUUCUUGUGUUCAAAGCGAGGAAAAUCGUCUUGUGGACUCGAGAUGUUUUGGCAGUUGACACAGAAGUACACAAUAGAAAACUUUGACUUUUUCCAACACGUCGUGUUCCCAUUUAUAACUAUUGGAAAAGGACAAGAGUGCUCAGGAUUAUCGGGGAAACCUUUUACAGACACGGCAUCGAAUGCAGAAACGACGAUCAUGAACCAUGGAUGCUGCGUUCAUCAGAUGCGUCCAUUUAUUCAGACCAUUCAAGAUGCUAUCAAGUACAUUACUGGUAGCAAUACGUGGGAUAUUGUCGGUGGCAUGGUAUCGCUUAAGUUUCCGGAAGGCAAAUUUGUCAACACCAUUGCCGGAACGUUUUCGUGUCAGUUUGAAGAUAGAUGCAAGAAUCCAAAAGGAAUGUCUAACGAUGUGACUAAACAUCGCGAUCCUGGAUCAAAAAAUCCGGGCAAGAAUGAUCUAAUCAAUACAAAUUGCAAGAUGGUGGAUAAAUGCAAUGCAGCUAAGACCGUGUGCAGCCAAGUGUGCGAGAAAGGCUCGGUAGUCGUGCCAGACUGGCUACAAUCAACUCUUGCGUAUCAACGCAACUUAGCAAUUCGUGGUUCGUUUUGCCUAACCCACCUACCUGCUUCACACAAUAGUGCAAUUACUCUUGCUAAUGGAUUCGGGAAUCGAGAUCAGCUCUUUAAUCGAAACUUAAGCCCAGACAAGUGGUGGUCAUACCUUAAGACAAACAAUCAGAUGUUAAGCUUGACGGAUCAGCUUAAUGUUGGUAUUCGAUUUCUUGAAAUUGACACUCACUAUUUUCUAAAUCAACUUCGAACAGCACACUGUGGAUCUCUUGGCUCGGAAACUGUCGCAGGGAUCUUUCGCACGCUAAGUAAAACGAUCGGCAACUAUGGCACGUAUAAUUGGGGCCCGGAGCUGCUGGGAUGUUUCCCGUCAAUUUCUGGAAUCAGGGCUUCCGAACAGCCGUCGACUUUUAAUACUCUCAAAGAGAUCCGAGAGUGGCUAGAUGCGAAUCCGAGCGAGUUUGUUAUUGUGUAUUUGGACACUGGCGCAGACAUAAAGCGAUCGGACAAAUUCGGAGCCAUUGAUUCCAUACUUACUGAAGUUUUUGGCGAAUUGAUCGUUCCACUCACAGAGCUCGAUGCUUUGGCCACCAAUCAGUGGGAAGGGGUCGCCUAUAACAUGUAUGAGCUCUGUGGUGCCGCCAAAGAUCUGACGGUUGAUUUUAUUGAUACCAUGCCCGACGCAAAGCGUCAAAUUAAUGGCAUGGAUAUUUACAGCAAACACAACUGGAUUCGAACGUGGUCGGAUCAGCUCCGGUAUAUUUCGAUGGCUGCCUCGGGAAUUCUCACGAGAAAUUUUCCAGUAUUUUUGGAUGCUGAUAGCAUUCCAAAAUACUUAAGAUGGGACAUAAAUCUCAUUUCACUUGAUAAUGUGGACGUUGCCAAGAUGGAAGCGCAUGUUUGGUCAUGGGCAGAGAACGAGCCUAGUACAACAGAGCAUGGAGCAAAUGUGUUUAUAAAUGGUAAUGGCCGAUGGGUGGCUAGUUUGACCGCUAAAAAAGAGUCUCGAGCGUGCUGGAAUAGCAAGAACUUAACAUGGGACCUUGUUUCAUUUGCUGAACACUGUCCUCCUGGAAAAGUCUACAAAGCACCUACGGAUCCGUAUCAAAACUAUCUGCUUUUUGAGGCUAUAAAGGCAAAGAAUCUCGGAGAGAUGUCGGUGGUGAUUAAUGCUGCACUUGUGUCGCUUGGAUCGCUCAGUAUCGUGCCAUCUAUGGUAGAAGUCACUUCAAACACUACCACACCCGAACCUUGGCUCAGUGUCAGUUCAAAAGAUAUCAUGCAGAACGAAAAUUAA